AUGGAGAUCUACUGGGUGCUGCUGGCCGCCGUCUUCAUAGCUGCACAGGCUCAAAAUAAUCGGAAUGACGGACCCCGGUUUUUGUCCAGGGGUCACUCGUUCCGAACCGUAGUUGGGGACACGCUGCUACUACCGUGUCAAGUUCAGAACUUAGGUUCUUUAGUCCUCCUAUGGCGAAGAGGGCCGGCAGUCCUCACAGCAGCCAGCUUGAUGGUAACGAGAGACGAGAGGUUCAGACUAGUCGACGGAUAUAAUCUACAAAUCACCGAUGUUGGACCACAGGAUGCUGGAGACUACGUCUGCCAAAUAUCAGACCGCGUAGCGAGAGAUCAAGUUCACACAGUUGAAGUGCUCGUCCCUCCCAGUGUGAGGGCGUCGCCAGAGUCUAGACACGCCGCCGCUAGAAGAGGUGGCGCUGCGGUGCUAGAGUGUCGCGCGGCUGGCAACCCCGUGCCAACUGUCACUUGGCACAAACUUAAUGACACUAAUACAAGACUGGGGGAAGGCCCACAGCUUCAACUGUCCAGACUAGAGAGGGGACACAGUGGUAGAUACGCUUGUACCGUCGAUAAUGGCGUAGGUGCACCUCUAGUCGCCGAAUUCCAGUUGCAAGUUUUAUAUCCACCAGAAAUUACAGUUGAGAGAUCGUGGGUCCACACCGGCGAAGGGUUCCGAGCUGAACUACUCUGCACAGUCCUGGCAGAUCCUCCAGCUGAGGUGACUUGGUAUCAAAACUCUUUCCCUCUGAGCGCCUCCGAGAGGGUCACAAUGUCCGCAAGAGGUAACAACCACACACUCCUCAUUGCAAAUGUCCAGCCUGAAGAUUUUGGUAACUACAGCUGCGUGGCGGACAACAGCCUGGGGCGCGCGCGGCAGCACGUGGAGGUGUCGGGGCGGCCGGGGCCGGCGCGCUUCACGUCGCCGCCGCUGGCGCGCGCGCACACGCGCUACCUGCUCGCCUUCGCCGUCGACAGCUACCCGCCGCUAGACGAGCUCAGGCUGCUAUAUCGACAAUUGGCGAUCAACGAGUCAUUUCAACAGCCAGGCAGAUGGCAUGACGUGGUGAUUCCAGCGCCGGAGCCGGCCGGCUCCCUGACGCACCGGGUCACGCACGAGCUCCGGGGGCUGCAGCCAGGAGCCGUGUAUGAAGCCAUUGUGCAAGCUAAGAACAGAUAUGGAUGGAAUGAGGUCAGCGACAUCUUCCAGUUCCAUACUCUAGGCGGCACGCACACGGCACAUGCAGACGAACUAACACCAAUGUUCGCGGCGACGUCCCGGCCAGAACUGGCAAGCUCCAUACUCCUCGCCUUAAUAUAUACCUUACACCUCAUUUGA